AUGUCGCUUCUCAUCUCCUCACUAUCUGAUGAGGUUAUGUAUCUGGCAGUAGGGAGGAGCACUUCGCGUGAGGUGUGGGAGGCCAUAACUGCUACGUUGGGGUCAUCUUCCCAGGUGCGUUGCUUGAAUCUGUUGGGCCAGUUCCAAUCCUUGCGGCAAGGGAACAGCUCUCCGGCGGAAUACCUCAGCAAAGCUCAGCUCAUCGUGGAAGCGCUCGCCCUCGCCGGUCGCCCUCUCUCUCUGGACGAACAAAAUAUGUACGUCUUCAGGGGGUUGAGGCCAGAAUUUAGGGCGAUGGCGUCGUCUCUCACCGUCACCGGAACUCCGGUAUCCAUCUCCCAGCUUUCGGAUUAUCUCCAAGCUCAGGAGUUUAUUUACUCCGAUGAUUACCCGGCCACAGAAGGCGGCACUGCAGGUUCUCCGGCAGCCUUCUUCGCAGGUCGUGGACGUCACCAGUCCAGCGACCAUGGUGGCAGCAGCAAUCGCGGUGGGCAGAACCGCGGCAGGCAGGGUCGUGGACGUGGCGGUGGAGGGCGUGGCCGUGGCAGAGCUCCCCGGUGCCAAAUAUGCCGCUCGCACGGACAUACUGCGGUGUAUUGUUACAAGCGAUACACGACUCCGCCGCCGGCUCCACAAGUCAAUCUUGUCGUCGCCGGCGAUGAUGCUACCGUACCGGCAGUCGGGUCAUGGUUCCCGAACACUGGGGCCACCGCCCACGCGACACCGGAUUCCGCGAUGGUUUCGCAAUCUGAAGAGUACACAGGCAGCGAUGUUCUAAGAGUCGGGAACGGCGCAGGUUUGACGGUCUCCCGAGAUUCCGUCACCAAGGCGACACUUCUUAAGGGUCCUGUUGCGGGCGUUCUGUAA